UUUUUUUUUACCACCGCACUCUUGUUGAGAGCUCUCGUGGAUGAAAAAAAACAAUAACAGAAGAUACUUCGUUCAGUGGAAUUUUUGUCCUUGUGUAAAAACACUUCACUGAAUCAUGGAAUUAAUAACAGCCGGACUAACCUAAAGAACUGUUUAUGGUAGUCGGUUUGUGCCUGUGCAAGUGGGUAAGGUUGUAUUUCUACUUCAUUCCUGUGAGAGCGUUAAGGACGAGCCAGGACGAGUUGCAGUCGCAGGUAGCAUCUUUGACCAGAUAAAACUCUAUCAUCCCUUUGUCUUUGGGACUUCAGGUCUCAUCAGGUUCUUCACCCAAGUGAGAGAUGAGGCCAAAACUAACCCAGACCCACCUCUAACUGACAUCUUUGAUGAAAUAGGCUUUGAAGGCUUCAUCAGAUAAACUCUUAUCAUCCCUUUGUCUUUGGGACUUCGGGUCUCAGGUUCUUCACCCAAGUGAGAGAUGAGGCCAAAACUAACCCAGACCCACCUCUAACUGACAUCUUUGCUGAAUAGGCAUUGAAGGCUUCACCAGAUAAAACUCUUUAUCAUCCCUUUGUCUUUGGGACUUCGGGUCUCAGGUUCUUCACCCAAGUGAGGGAUGAGGCCAAAACUAACCCAGACCCACCUCUAACUGACAUCUUUGAUGAAAUAGGCGUUGAAAUCUUCACCAGAUAAAACUCUUAUCAUCCCUUUGUCUUUGGGACUUCGGGUCUCAUCAGGUUCUUCACCCAAGUGAGAGAUGAGGCCAAAACUAGCCCAGACCCACCUCUAACUGACAUCUUUGCUGAAUAGGCGUUGAAAGCUUCACCAGAUAAAACUCUAUCAUCCCUUUGUCUUUGGGACUACGGGUCUCAUCGGGUUCUUAACCCAAGUGAGAGAUGUGGCCAAAACUAACCCAGACCCACCUCUAACUGACAUCUUUGAUGAAUAGGCAUUGAAAGCUUCACCAGAUAAAACUCUUAUCAUCCCUUUGUCUUUGGAACUUCGGGUCUCAUCGGGUUCUUAACCCAAGUGAGAGAUGAGGCCAAAACUAACCCAGACCCACCUGUAACUGACAUCUUUGCUGAAAUAGGCGUUGAAAGCUUCACCAUGGAUGCAAACCAGAGAGCAACGGACAGAGUCAGACUGAUGAUUAGAUCCGAAGAAGCGGUGUCCGUUUCGAAGGACCGGAGGAAUGACCUGUUCCGGGCUCGCAACAACAAGCUGUCCCAGAUCACGACCAUGGAGAAGCAAAUCGAGCAGUUAAUGGAGGACGACGCAAACGUCGACACCGUGGGAACUAAAUCUCGUAAGGAUUAUGUUGCUCUGAUACAAGACUUUCGUGACCUGAACGACGGUUUGCAACAGUUUAUGACGAAGGAGGAAUUCCGGAACAACCAAAUUCGUUGGUUUUACCCCAAAAACAAAGUCAUUACCAAUUUCUACUGGAAAUGCGAGGAGUGGAUUAAGGAAGUCCGGAAACGCUCGCAGAAAGCCGAAGAAUGCGACGAAGACGACAUUAAGUCAGCGUCGCCAAAGUCUACCGGUAGAUGUCCGAGCGGCGCCGGAUCGCACCGCGGAAGCGCCUGGUCCGCGACGUCUACGGUCCGACUCAAGGUGGAGUUGGAGCGGGCGUCGCUGCAGGCGAAAUCCGCAGCUUUAAACGCCAAGCUGGCGAUAGAAAGGGAAGAAGCCGAGUUCCAGGCGGAGCAGAAAAGGAAAGAGGCCGAUUUCGAAGCCGAGCGGAAACGGAUGGAAACCGUCAUCACAGCCAGGAAGCAGAAGCACGCCAUGGAGACGGCCAUCGCCGAGUGGAAGGCCAAGAUGGAAGUCCUGCAGAAGUACGAGUACUCUCAGGAGCUGGAGGAGCAGGAGAGGACGGGGGAACAUACGUUGUACGGUAGCAUGGUGCACGCCAGCAGGUGCACCAUCUGCCUGAGCCACCAGCGUUCCUGCGUCUUCCUGGAGUGCGGCCACGUGUGCACGUGCACGCUGUGCUACGACGCUCUGUCCGAGCCCAAGAAGUGUCCCAUCUGCCGGGCCACUAUCGACAGGAUGGUUCACAUCUACAACAUCUAACUCCUGUGAUCCUCAAGGAACACCAAGAUAAAUCCCAGCAGGAUUCUUCUAAGCCUGGAUGAUGAGGUCUUCCUCAAAUACCAAACCUUUUUCACCAAGAGGUAAAUCAUGGAUGUCAACUGUAUCCAGUCAAACUAGUGCGAUUGUAUCCGAUCUUGUUCACAGCCCCUAGGGGGCGUAUCUACAUAGUCAGUGACUUCUCAGCAUCAGAGUCCUGUUUGAAUGGUCUUGAUAACAAUUACGAGGUUUUAAGACCCUAAAUUGCUUUUUUGUAAUUUUUUGCAUUUACCGUAAUUCCCGGACUAUAAUCCGCGACUUUUUGGAACCCUGCGGCUUAUACAAUGCUGCGGCUAAUUUAUGGAUUUCUCCCGGGUUCACAAGACACCAAUAAAUGUAGCCAGCCGAUGAAAUUGUUCACAUGAAUUCAGACGCACUCACACGAUCAUUCAGUCGGCCAUUUAGCGUGUUACGCACUCACCCUCAUCGUGGCGGAGAAACGACGAAACGCCUACGGUGCGGCUUUCAAGUUGAAGGCGAUCGACCGGGCUCUCGGAAAAAAAGGAAACGGAGCCGCCGCACGGACAGAAGUCCACUAUCGAAAGGCCGGACUGCUGCGUGUUGAAGACCACGGCAAAAAGCUCAAGAGACUAAAAGUGAAAACGGGGCUGAGAUAAUGUCGGACGAAGCAACUUUUGAGUCUCCAAGAAGAAGACGA